CUGCGCGACUACGAUGAAGAGAGUCCAUGUGGAUAACUACGCCCCAAAGUACUACAGCGGCAAGUGGUCAUGGGACUCGGAGAAGGACUGCCUCAACUUCCAAGCGCACAACGAUCUGGAAAACGCCAGAGAGCGCUAUAUAAUAACCAAUGGCUACAAGUUCCUGCGCACCAUCGACCAAGAGGAGGAGCUUAUCUUCCGGCAGGAGUAUGUGCGAGCCAAAUCCAACAACAGUGACACAGUGGUGCUAAGAGAUAUUCGAGAUCUGGUGCUCUACUUGAUGCCUAGAGACUUCUUAACCUACAAGUUCAUUGCAUUCAUGCAUGAGCCAGAGGUGCAGUCCGUGCUCCACGCCCUAACAUUGUACUUCGAGUACUACCUACGCCUGGUGGAGUUCGUGCUGAUUCGCAGAGAUGAACUCUCUGGCCAGAUGGCCCAAAUUCAGAGCGAGCAGACCAAUGAGAUGAAGAAAACCUAUUCCGUUUACCUGAGCCACUUCCGCAUGCUGUUAGCCCGAAACUACUGUGAGAUUAUCAAGGGCGAGGGAUCUAUGGCCAAGUACUACCACAUGAAGCCAAUUUCCAACAUUUCAGCAACUAUCCACGAUAAGUACUUCCAUGAGCAUUUUCUGGCAGUGUCCAUCCAAAUAGUCUGGAUCUGCAUGCAUCGCCGGGCGUACUACGUCAUCGAAAUGGAGAUGAAUCGGCUUUUCCGGUCGGAGCACUUCGUUUCAGUUCGCCCUGAGUACCUUGAGUUCACGGAGGCGGAGCGAAGUCUUCUUUACGGCCGAAACAACAAAAACCUCAAUUAUCGCGUCCAGAUCUCUCCGCUUGUCCAAGAGUUGGAGCAUGUUGUGUCGGAGGAUAUGCCUAUUCUGUGGAUAGGAAAGCGUAAGUAUAGGGGCACUGAUCCUCACAUCGCUCAGAUCGAGUUGGAGUACGUUGUGCCCGGAUCGCAGCUACGCUUGAUUGACCUGUCCCAUGGCAUCCUGGGCCACCCGAAGAAUCUCUACAACACCCUUCUGAAUCUCGACUGGCCGGCAGUUCGGUUCUCAAACUUCUCGGAGCAAUACGACCCAUAUCAUAUCAUCAGACGGAACCACCUGGACAUUCCCAAGUUGGGUGAACUUCAGAUGCGAAAAUUUGGCGAGAGUUACGAGCACUUUUACGAGAUCUUUCACUUUUUCGAGCCAGUCACCCAUUCCCAUAUCUGCAAGUGGGUCAAACGGGAGAUCAACAUAGCGUUCUAUCGGUCCGGAGGUCUGCUCACGAACGUAGUCUCACGAUGUGAAAAGGAGUUGGCCACCGCAUAUGAGGGACAAGACGUGGACAAGAUCAUUGCCAAUUACUUCAAGCUAGUGUCUAACAUACGGAAGGUGGACUAUUUUGAGUCGCCUCGCGUGAGUGACGUUAGCACAGUGAAGAAGGCGAACCUUGGAAAAAGACAAAGUACCUAAAAAGUCGGCUUGAAAGUAUUCAGCAAAAAUCAUGCAUAGUUGGUUGCGAGAAUUUUGUGCAAGAAUACUACCUUACUUUUAAGGUCCAAAAAUAUGUAUUCGUGUAAUUUAUAUAUUUCCAACCUGUCUACAUAUAUAAAAAAAAAUACAUUUAUAGGAUGAUGAAAAUAUAGAAAAACUGAAAAUAUUUCGUUUCCAUUCUUUUCCUUCUAAUAAGUAAAAUACUCGGUAGUUUUAAAGAAAAUUUAAACCGUCAGAUAUGUGUAUUAGUUUACCAACUUUUAAAUCUUAUCUCUAUAUUAUUUAUAUACAAGUUAAAACGAUAAAUUUGUUACUACUGUGGAAUUAGAUAUGAAAAUGCCUUGAAAGUUAUUAGGAAUCUUCUCCCUUGUCCAGGUUGCCGCCUAAAAUAGGCCCUCAAUUUCUCCGGUUUCC